AUGGCCCAAAUUACCGGACAUCAUCACGAUGAAGCUCCCUCCCAGAUUCGAAUCUUUUCUCUCAACUGCUGGGGUCUGAAAUACAUCUCAAAGUACCGUCAAGAACGUCUAUCGGAAAUCGGACGACAGCUCGCCCUCGCCAACCCUCCGCCGGAAAUAGUGGGACUACAAGAAUGUUGGACACAGGAAGACUAUGAGAGUAUUCGCGACCAGACACAGCAUAUACUUCCAUAUGGGAAAUUUUAUUUUGGGGGCAUCUUUGGCGCGGGCCUGGCUAUCCUGUCGCGAUGGCCCAUUGAAGAGAGCGGCAUGUAUGGUUAUCCCCUGAAUGGACGACCAACUGCUUUCUUUCGCGGUGACUGGUUCGUCGGGAAGGGCGUCGCCUGCGCACGGAUUCGCUUUGGACCUGGCGUUGCAGAUGUGGCCGAAGUCUUCUGCACACACCUCCACGCUCCCUACGAGCGUGAACCCCACGACUCCUAUCUCUGUCACCGCACCGCCCAAGCCUGGGAAAUAUCGAAGCUCAUGCGUGGCGCCGCCGAACGGGGUCAUCUUGUCAUCGGCCUCGGUGACUUCAACAUGCUGCCAUCCUCCUUCGCUCACCGUCUCAUCACCGCCCAAAGUCCCGUUCGUGACGUCUGGCGCGAGCUCCACCCGGACUCCUCUGUCGGCGCCGCGAUCGACGCUGUUGAGCGCGCGAGAAAUCGUCCCAUUCCAUCCGCGGAGUAUAACCUGGUCGAAAAUGGGGCGACUUGCGACGGUUCAUUUAAUACAUGGCGAUGGUCCGAGGCGCUCCGCAAACAACUCGACAAGGGCCAAGAUGUGACCAUAGACAAGGACGCCCCGGACCCACGCGCCAAACGUCUCGACUAUAUCUUCGUUGGAGAUGGUGGUUACGCCCCAGAAUUCCCUCCGUCGCGUUGGUCUGUCGAAUCUGCUAAGGUGGGAAUGACACAACGCCACCCCACACUCGGCUGCUCCUUAAGCGACCAUUUCGCCGUCGAGGCAGUCAUCACUCGUGCUACAGGCCAAGCCACUGCUCGCCUACUUCUCCCUCUCUACACAAAACAUCAUCGAAGCAAAUCUCCCCGAAACGCUGCCCUCACCCCGGAGACCUACGACCAUAUAAUCGAUAUGAUUCACACCUAUGUCAGGCGAGAACGCUCCCAACGUCGCUGGCGUCUCAUUCAUUUCCUUGUCUCUAUCGUGAUCUCAAUUGGCUGUAUGGUUGGAGUGUGGUGGGUUGGAAGUCGGGCCUACAUCGGGUUCAUCUUGAUCCUAGUGAGCACGUUAAAUUUUGGCGCCGGGAUUUUGGAUGGAUUGAUCGGUGGUCUCUUCGUGUCAAGUGAACUCCGUGCUUUGAAAGAAUUUGAGUGGGAGGUGCGCAAUGCGAGAGGGUUGGUGGUCGCUGCCGAGGGUAUUGGUUCUGGCGAAGCGGUGACAUGA